AUGGAAAUUGGAUCGCGUUUUUUUCGCGAUAAUGAAAUUUUACUCCAGAUUAACAAAGACUGUCAGAGACUGUGUCCAGAUUUUGAUUUCUUUCGUCGUCCCACAGAGUAUUCUUGUUUAUCAUUAUUUGGAAAGGAAGUACCUGUUGGGGUGUUACGGAGAAGAGGGGAAACCUCUGCACUUCAGUCCCGUUCAUUGAAUAAAAAUCUUGCUGGUGUUACAGAUAUGAUUCAUCUACCUACCUACGCUCCUUUCCAACCAAGCCAUCGAUUAUCUUCUGGUUUAGUAACACAAUCACAAGAAUUAGAUGGUAGUCAUGAAGCUGGUCUAGGUGGGCAAAUGAAAAUUUUAUCGGACUUAUUAUCUAAAUUCGACAAUAAUCUAUCUAAACACUUUAAAAAAAUAGAACUUGUUCCGGAACAUUUUGCAUUUCGUUGGUUAAGCUUGUUGCUGGCACGAGAAUUCAUGCUCCCAGAUGUACUCCUAUUAUGGGAUACACUUUUCUCAGAUCCACACAGGUUCAACUUACUUCCAUAUGUUUGCUGUUCAAUGUUAAUUGGUAUUCGUGAUCAACUAUUGAAAGCAGAUUUUCCUACGGCUGUUCAACUUGUUCAAAAUUAUCCAUCAAAUGUCGAUGUAAUGCAUAUUCUUUUGAAAGCCAGAACGUUUUAUACAGAUCACCGGAUUUAA